UCCCGGUAGCUCCUAGGGAGGAGCGGCGCCGGCAGCGAGCGGGCAGCGGGGCAUAGGGCAUCCCGGCGCAGACCGGGGCCGGCUGGGACCGAGCGCCUGGUGGCCGAGCAUGGCGGGCUCGCUGCCUCCCUGCGUGGUUGACUGCGGCACCGGGUAUACCAAGCUUGGCUACGCAGGCAACACUGAGCCACAGUUCAUUAUUCCGUCAUGUAUCGCCAUCAGAGAAUCUGCAAAGGUAGUUGAUCAAGCCCAAAGGAGGGUGUUGAGAGGCGUUGAUGACCUUGACUUUUUCAUAGGGGAUGAAGCCAUCGAUAAACCUACCUACGCCACCAAGUGGCCCAUACGACAUGGCAUCGUGGAAGACUGGGAUCUUAUGGAAAGGUUCAUGGAACAAGUGGUCUUUAAGUAUCUUCGUGCUGAACCUGAGGACCAUUAUUUUUUAAUGACAGAACCGCCACUGAACACACCAGAGAACAGAGAGUACCUUGCCGAAAUCAUGUUUGAAUCAUUUAAUGUACCAGGACUCUACAUUGCAGUGCAGGCAGUGCUGGCUCUGGCGGCCUCUUGGACAUCCCGGCAAGUUGGUGAACGCACACUGACGGGGAUAGUCAUAGACAGUGGAGAUGGCGUCACCCAUGUUAUCCCAGUGGCAGAAGGCUAUGUAAUCGGAAGUUGCAUCAAACACAUCCCAGUUGCAGGUAGAGAUAUUACGUAUUUCAUUCAACAGCUGCUAAGGGAGAGGGAGGUGGGAAUCCCUCCUGAGCAGUCACUGGAGACGGCCAAAGCCAUUAAGGAGAAGUACUGUUACAUUUGCCCUGAUAUUGUCAAAGAAUUUGCUAAGUAUGAUGUGGAUCCCCGGAAGUGGAUCAAACAGUACACGGGGAUCAAUGCGAUCAACCAGAGGAAGUUCAUUAUAGAUGUUGGUUAUGAAAGGUUCCUGGGACCGGAAAUAUUCUUUCACCCUGAGUUCGCCAAUCCAGACUUUAUGGAGUCCAUCUCGGGUGUUGUUGAUGAGGUCGUACAGAACUGCCCCAUAGACGUACGUCGGCCGCUGUACAAGAAUGUUGUUCUUUCUGGGGGCUCCACGAUGUUCAGAGAUUUUGGACGUCGGCUGCAGAGAGAUUUGAAAAGAGUGGUGGACGCCAGGUUAAAGCUGAGUGAAGAGCUCAGUGGGGGCAGGAUAAAGCCCAAGCCCGUGGAGGUGCAGGUGAUAACACACCACAUGCAGCGCUACGCCGUGUGGUUUGGAGGCUCCAUGCUGGCCUCAACUCCGGAGUUCUUUCAGGUCUGUCACACCAAGAAGGACUAUGAGGAAUACGGCCCUAGCAUCUGCCGCCACAACCCUGUCUUUGGAGUGAUGUCCUAGUGUCUGCCUUGGAGCCAUCGUCUGACAGUGUCAUGUUGGGGAAUAAGUGUCCUUCAGAACCCAGAGCAGCCACGGCUCCUGUACAUACAGCGUGGAAUCGGUGUGCGAGCAGCGCGUUUUCAUCACCAGAGCGUGGGCCUGGGUGCAGUCUUCCCAUUAAGCCAUUUAUCCUGUGCGAC